AGAGAGAGACAGAGAGACAGAGAGAGAGAGAUAAAGGGAGAAAGAGGGAGGGAGAUAUGGACUCACCGACUUCAACGGCGACUUCGUCGGCGGCGGUGAAUUCGUCGAAGACGCUACGAUCCUCCGUAAUCAAUUUGCUCCGUGGGUGUGGCCUUUCGGGGGUCCGUAUCGACAAAGAAGUGCUGAGGAAGAAGCUCGUCAUGCCAGAAUACCUCCGACAGGCAGUGGUUAGGGUUGGAGCCGGGUCGCGUGAAUUGGGUCCGAUCGUGGUGAUGGGUUGUGUGCUUCUGGCGCCGUUUUUCGGCGGGACGGUUUUGUGCGAGUCGGAAGCUAAUGGGCAUGUAGAUGCGUUUCUGAAUUUGGAGCUAAUUUACAGGCUCUGGAGAAUAUCAAUUCCAGUUGGAGACAAUACUGAUCAUCCAUUGAUAAACCCAUUUGGGCAAACAGCAAGGAUCUGGAACCAGUGGCUCUCGAUCCGAUCCUGGUCGUGGUUGGGGGAAGUGAUCUUCUGAAAGAUCGUGCGAAAGUUUAUGCAGAGAAGCUUACUGAGAUGGGGAAGUAUAUUGAAUACGUUGAGUUCAAAGGCCAGCAACAUGGGUUCUUCACCAUUGACCCUGAAGCCGAACCUGCUAAGAAGCUGAUGGAAGUGAUCAAGAGGUUCAUUGCUGAGAAAGAAUUCCAUUUGAAAUGUGGAGUUUAUCUUUGUGUUUAUUGUUUGGCAGCUUCGUUUCCCGAAUAAAGUUGGUUUCCUUUCAUUAGUCAAAGCUUUGCUGCAUUGUUACUCUGUUUCAACUUGGAUCAAUCUGCCAUUCUACACCACAA